CAACGCCCGGCGGUCGGCCAGACUGAGCUGCAGAGGAUCCAGUUUGUGCCGUGCUCCACCGAGCUUCGAGAUCUACGCAGAGUCGUCUGGCGCACGGGGGUCGCAAGUCGACGUCAAAGCGGCUGUCCCCGCCGUUGCUUCCGACGAGGACGACGAGAAGGCUCCGCAUUCCGAUGACCGGGGGGCGUCCGGCGAUGUCUGCUCAGACUCUCCAGACUGUGGAAUGGAGUGCGAGGCCGCGGUCUUCCCCUCUCCCCAACCGGGGAACCCUGCAGAUCGUGGACCCUGGGGCCCAGACUCCCCCAUGGUCCUGGACGCGUCCCUGCACACCCUGGAGCCCAUGUCCUACAUGGAGAUCCGGGACCUGGAGGCCAGCUCGGAGUACGCCCAGGACAUCUACACCCACCUCAGGCAGCAGGAGGAGAAGCUGACCCCGAAGCCGACUUACAUGAGCAAGCAGCCGGACAUCACGUCCUCGAUGCGCGCCAUCCUCGUCGACUGGCUGGUGGAGGUGGCCGAGAAGUAUCGCCUGCACCCGGAGACUCUCUUCCUCGGCGUCACCUACGUGGACCGCUUCCUCUCCGCGAUGUUGGUGAUCCGCAACAAGCUGCAGCUCGUCGGCACAGCCGCCCUCUACAUCGCUGCGAAGUUUGAGGAGAUCUACCCGCCGAAGGUGUCGGAGUUUGUCUUCACGGACGACACGUACACGAAGCAGCAGGUGCUCCGGAUGGAACAGCUGGUGCUCAAGGUGCUUUCGUUCGACAUGGCGGCCCCCACCAUCUACUACUUCCUGCUCCGCUUCGCGAAAGUCGGCAAGGCCCCGGACACCGUCAAGCACCUGGCUCACUAUCUGUGCGAGCUGACGUUCCUGGAGGACGACCCGUACCUUCAGUACCUGCCCAGCAUCGUUGCCGGUGCGUCCUUGUGCCUGGCAAACCACACACUCAACCGAUACCCGUGGUCCUCGGACCUGGUCCUCUACCCUGGCUAUAACGUGGAGGACUUCAAGGAGUGCAUCCACAGCCUGCACAGCAGCUUCUGCAAUGCUGGCACACAAGCACAGCAGGCCAUCCAGAAGAAGUUCCUGUCCUCCAAGUUUCACUACGUCGCGAAUAUGAAGCCUGCGUGCACGCUGCCCUUGUAGCGGAUGACUCCGCGUCACCACCACUGCCCUUCAAACUCAGCACGGCGAACGUUUUUUGGCUCGCUUGAGAUUGAUCCUGGUGGCUUGUAGCCUUGUCUGCAGUUCGCAUUAAAAUGAGCAAGCAUAGAGCGCAUCUCGCUGCUUUUACUCGCCCCGCCCCCCCCCCCCCCCCCCCCCCCCAACUUCAGUUUUUAAUUUUCAUGGUCUGUCUCUGAGAUGCUCAUUUACAAGGCAGAUAUGAUUCGGAUGCAUCAUUCAGAGACAUUUCCACUGUGUAUGAAAGGGUGCUAUUUUUACCCAAUCGCCGCAUCCUUACUUUUUUUAUUUUAACAAACCGACUCCACUUUUAAGCCCUGUACAUAAGUGUCGAACAAAGUAUUCUUUUUAAGCCAGUAUGUGUCCUGUCCAAUAAAUGUACUGAACCAGA